GAGCAAAACAAAAACUACACAUUCUCUUGUCUCAAAAGGAAAAACAUUCAAUGGCUUGUUCUACUUUGCUAGUUACUAUGUUCAUUCUCUUCAUUGAAAUGCAUUUUCAUGGUGUUGCGGCUAACUAUGGCGGUUGGCAGAGUGGUCAUGCCACUUUCUAUGGUGGUGGUGAUGCUGCUGCCACAAUGGGAGGUGCAUGUGGUUAUGGAAAUUUGUACAAUCAAGGAUAUGGAACCAACACUGCAGCUUUAAGCACAUCUUUGUUCAACAAUGGCUUGAGUUGUGGAGCUUGUUAUGAAAUGAGAUGUGUUGGUGACACAAAAUGGUGUAAGCUUAGCACCAUUGUUGUUACUGCCACAAACUUUUGUCCACCAAACAUGGCUUUGCCAAACAAUAAUGGUGGUUGGUGUAAUCCUCCUCUACAACACUUUGAUAUGGCAGAACCAGCAUUCCUUCAAAUUGCACAAUAUAAAGCUGGAAUUGUGCCUAUAGCAUUUAGAAGAGUGUCAUGUAUAAAAAAGGGAGGAAUAAGGUUCACAAUCAAUGGCCACUCUUACUUCAAUUUGGUUUUGAUCACCAACGUCGCGGGUGCAGGAGAUGUCCAUGCAGUCUCAAUCAAAGGGUCCAAAACUAGUUGGCAAACCAUGUCAAGAAAUUGGGGACAAAAUUGGCAAAGCAAUUCUUAUCUCAAUGGACAAAGCCUCUCUUUUAAAGUCACCACCGGUGACGGUAGAACGGUGACAAGCUACAAUGUGGCACCGGCUGAUUGGCAAUUUGGUCGGACCUUUCAAGGGGGUCGGUUUUAGACACUGUGGGGGUAGGUUAGUGAAAAUGUUUGUAAUUUUUCGUAGAUUGUUUUAAUAGAAAGUCUACGAUAGAUUAAUAUUUGAAACUCUACUCUAAAUAUUUUUAUGAUUGAGACAAUGUUUUUAUCAAUUUGACAACAAUACAAGAAAUAAAUGGCAGUACCUCAA